CCGCAGUCGUUGCCAGCCAGAACAAAUGGAAACUACGAGAUCUGAGGUCAAAACACAUCCAUGCUGCACAUUUUUACUGCUUCCAAGUUUGCAUUCCUUCGUCCCGCCCGUUUGAUAGUUACGCGCAUCGCCUCUGACCGGCUCACAGGUACUCAUUACCAUCGCCCAUCAUUUCGCAACCUCGGCCACUAAGCAUUCCAGGUCAUCUGCGCAAAAGUCGCUCACGCUCACACUCCUUUGCAGCUAUGGCGAAACAACUUUCGAUUGAAAGAAGGCUCAAGCUCAACGAUGGGAGAGAGAUCCCACAGCUGGGUUUGGGUGUCUAUCUCUCCAAAGGCAAAGAGGGCGAAAGAGCCGUCAAGGCGGCUUUGGAUCUAGGUUAUAGACACAUUGACUCGGCCCAGAUGUACGCCAAUGAGGCCGAAGUCGGGGCUGCCGUGCUGGCAAGUGGCAUUCCCAGAGAACAAAUCUUCGUCACGUCCAAAGUGUGGGAUAGCGCUCAAAGCAAAUGCUUGGUAUCUGUCCAGGACUCUGUUAAGAAGAGUGGUCUCGGCUACUUAGACCUCAUGCUCUUGCACUCGCCGAACCCAGGCAAGGCGACCCGGACGAAGGCGUACGGCGAUCUGAUCAAGGCACAAAAGCUCGGCCUCGUCAAAUCUAUCGGUGUCAGCAAUUACGGGAGCCACCACAUCGAGGAGGUCAUCGCUGCGUUCCCAGAUUCGCCACCUGCAGUCAAUCAGAUCGAGGUUUCUCCUUUCUUCCAGCGCCGCGAGAUCGUCAACGCAUGCUUGAAACACAAUAUCCUCGUGGAAGCGUACAGUCCUUUGGGUAAAGGCGCACACGUCGACCUCCCCGAGCUGCAUGAGAUCGCGAAGACAUACGAGAAGACUCCCUCGCAGCUGUUGAUCCGGUGGUCGCUGCAGUCUGGUCAUAUCUGCUUGCCCAAGUCUGCCAACCCGACGAGGAUCAAGGAGAAUUCGGACAUCUUUGACUUCGUCAUAACCGAAAAUGACAUGAAGAAGCUGGAUGCCCUGGAGACUGGCAGUGGCGUCACUUGGGACCCGACGACCGCUCUCUGACACGCUCCCUGUCAGCAAAGCACUCUCCUUCGUCGCGGAUGUCGCUCUCCAUGUAUCUUAAAGCGAUUUCAGCGCCAUAUGAAGCCACGGAGUCAUAGAAAAUGCGCCAUCAACUGAGAGGGUGAAAGUUCUGCAAUUGCGCUGGACUCAACGGCCUUGAAGGUUGAAGGGUGUGUUGCAGCAAGGAUUUAGUAGUACAGUGGAGGACCAAGGUACAAGGGACCUCUUACGCUAGCGGGCU